GGGAGUUUGCUUUUUACACAGGUUGAGGGAUAUAAGGAGUUAGAGUCCAAGGUUACUUUAUGAAUGGCAGCAUGGACUUCCGAAUAUAGAAAGGGUGUUCACUGCUGCUUUGUGGUGUGCGAGUUACUACUCUCUUGGCUUUAUUAUUCUCUCUUUCUCUCUCACACUGUCACACACCACACCUUCUAUUAAUAUUGGUAGGUGUUUGGAAAAGAGGGAAUAAUAAUAAGUGAACAAGAUCCAUAAAGGAGGAAAGCAAGGAAAAAAGAAAGAGAGGGAGAGAUCAGAUGGGUCGUGGAAAGAUUGAGAUAAAGCUCAUCCAGAACCCAACCAACAGGCAAGUUACAUACUCAAAGAGAAGGAAUGGUAUCUUCAAGAAAGCUCAUGAACUCAGUGUUCUCUGUGAUGCUAAGGUCUCACUCAUCAUGUUCUCCAAGAACAACAAGAUGCAUGAAUACAUCGGCCCUGGCCUUAGCACAAAGAAGUUCAUUGAUCAGUAUCGGAAAACUUUGGGAGAUAUCGAUCUCUGGCAUUCUCACUAUGAGAAAAUGCUUGAGAAUUUGAAGAAACUCAAAGAUACUAAUAAUAAGCUCAGAAGACAGAUCAGGAAUCGGAUAGGGGAGGGUAGCUUGGAUAUGGAUGAUAUGAGCUCUCAGCAACUGCGUACUCUUGAAGAGGAUAUGGUUUCUGCCAUUGCCAAAAUACGCCACUGUCAACCCCCCAGCCGCCGCCACUCUUUUCAUCCUCACCUUCUCUGUGCUCGUCGCGAAGCCCUAUCAGCCGCCGCUACUCUUCUCCUCAUCACCGUAUAUAUGUGCUCGUCGUGAAGCCCGCCUCUGUGGUCGUCGGCGGCGGCAGUGACAGAGGGUGCCAUCGUCGGUCUUAUUCUCGUCGCCGCCCUGGAUGUCUCUGCUUGGCUUCUCUCUCUUCAAGCUCGCUCUCUCUCCCUCUCCGAUCUCGCUCUGUCUCACGCGAAACGCGAAGGUCUCUGCUCGCUUGUCCUCCUCGCCGUCACCUCCAUUUAACUGCUCGGCCAUCACCUCCUCGCGGACGGCUCUGUUACUCGGCUGCCUUGUCUUCUCCAGUGAGCACUCCUCCAUUGUUUCUUCGGUCCUAAUUUUUUUCUGAAAUUAAUUAUGAUUAAUCUAUACUUCUGAGUUAAUUAUUCUUGUUAAUUUGUAUGAUUUUUGAUAAAUUUUUUUUAAGUUAAUUUUUUAAAAAUAAUUUUAUUGAUUAUUGAUGGUAAUUGUUAAUUCUGUGUUCUAAGUUUUCUGAGUUCUGAAAUGGUUAAUUUUGUAUUCUAAAGCUGUAUGUAUCGUUGGAUUGUUGCUGAUGUGAAUAGAAAUUGUGUAAAUUUGUGUUCAAUAAUGAGUUCUGAGUUUUUUGAGUUCUGUAAUUGUUAAUUUUGUAUUUUGAAACUGUAUGUAUCAUUGGAUUGGUGCUGAUGUGAAUAGAAAUUGUGAAAAUUUGUGUUUAAUAAUGAGUUUUGAGUUUUCUGAAUUCUGUAAUUGUUAAUUUUGUAUUCAAAAGCUGUAUGUAUUAUUGGAUUGUUGCUGAUGUGAAUAGAAAUUGUGUAAAUUUGUGUUUAAUGAUCAACACUUGGUUGUUUGGUUACUGUAUUUUAAUUUGCUAAAUUGUUGGGUUGUUGUGUUUUAAUUUGCUAAAUUGCUGGGUAGUUGUGUUUCAAUUUGUUGGUGGAUUGAGAUUGAGACUGAGAUUGUUCUUGUUUCUUGUUAUUGGAUUGAUAAAUUUUCUAUUCAGGUCUUGUUCUUGAUAAUUUUUAAGAUUGAGAUUUAGAUUGCUCGCCUCUUGAUAUUGGGUUGCUGUUUUUCUAUUCAAGUCUUGUUCUUAUUAAAUUACUAAUUUGCUAAAUUGUUGUUGCUAUCCUUAAGAUUGAGACUGCUUGUUAUUGAGUUGUCAUCACUGAACCUUGAAUUUGUUGUUGUCUUGUUCAAAUAAUUACUUAGCUAAAUCCUUUUGUUGAAGCAACAUGCUAAUAACAAGAAACAAGGGCAGUCUCAAUCUCAAGGAUAGCAAUUACUAAUUUGCUAAAUUGUUGUUGCUAUCCUUGAGAUUGAAACUGCUUAUUAUUGUGUUGCCAUCACUGAAGCUUGAAUUUGUUGUUGUCUUGCUCAAAUAAUUACUUAGCUAAAUCAUUUUGUUGAAGCAAAUUAGCAAUUUAAUAAGAACAAGACUUAAAUAGAAAAAAGCAACUCAAUAUCAAGAGACGAGCAAUCUAAAUCUCAAUCUUAAAAAUUAUCAAGAACAAGACUUGAAUAGAAAAUUCAUCAACCCAAUAACAAGAAACAAGAACAAUCUCAGUCUCAAUCUCAAUCCACCAACAAAUUGAAACACAACUACCCAGCAAUUUAGUAAAUUAAAACACAACAACCCAACAAUUUAGCAAAUUAAAAUAAAAUAACCCUACAACCAAGUGUUGAUCAUUAAACACAAAUUUACACAAUUUCUAUUCACAUCAGCAACAAUCCACUGGGAUUUCUCCAAUCUUCUACCGAGAGGCCGCUGGAGUAAACUCUGUCUCAUCCUCAUCCCCCUGGAAAAGGAGAUCACGUGGACAGUCUGCGAAGAACAAUCAAGGGAUAACACCUCAAUUAGGGCAUUCUAGUUCGACGUGCUACCUUCUCGUUGUAUCGAUUCUUGGUAGACAAUGGUGGUUUAGAUCGAGACGCCUUAGCAGUCAAAGGUUCGAAUCCGUCAUUGGCCUGUCUAGAUGCAGAAGACUUCCAGCCCUUAUUCCGACAACUGCUUCUCAAGCAGGGGAUUCAAUCAAGAAGAGUGGAUUCUGCAGCUUCAGAAUACAAAAUUAACAAUUACAGAAUUCAGAAAACUCAAAACUCAUUGUUGAACACAAAUUUUCACAAUUUCUAUUCACAUCAGCAACAAUCCAAUGAUACAUACAGCUUCAAAAUACAAAAUUAACAAUUAUAGAACUCAGAAAACUCAUAACUUAUUAUUAAACACAAAUUUAUACAAUUUCUAUUCACAUCAGCAACAAUCCAAUGAUACAUAUAGUUUCAGAAUUCAAAAUUAACCAUUACAGAACUCAGAAAACUUAAAACACAGAAUUAACAAUUACUAUCAACAAUCAACAAAAUUAUUUUAAAAAAAUUAACUUAAAAGAAAUUAUCAAAAAUCAUACAAAUUAACAACAAUAAUUAAUUCUUGUUUUGCUGCAUCUAGCCCUCCGUCGUGCUUCCUCACCUCUGUGCCCUGGAAGGUACUUUGUACUGUGAUUAUUAUUUUAAUUGGUUUAAGAAUUGUUAAGUUGUUAUUAUUGUGAUUCUUCUUCUUCAAUUAUUACUGUUAUUACUGUGGUUUAGCCGUUUAGGAUUCUUGAUCAUGUUAUUGUUCUGUUGUCAUUUUUGGGUAAAUUAUCUCUCUAUAUAUAAUAGGAGAGCAGUACAUGAUUAGAUUCUUGACAAGUGGAACAGCUAAAUUUAUGACAAGUGUUAAUCUCCAAAAAAAGACAACGGAGAUUAUAAAAAUAAAAAAGUUUUUAACCAAUGUACAAUAACCCAGUAUGCAAACAUCUUACAAAUGCAGCAGCAUUUCAAUUUUCUUUCCAACGCUUCGUCGUGCCAAUUUUGGAAAAAAAGGCGCUCAUUCUUAAAAUAUUUUCAAAUCUUGGAGUUGCCAGGAAAUUGUAAACAAAAGAAAAAUUCCAAACUUAAUUUUUUGAUUCAAACCAUUCACUCACACUCUCUAUUAGUCAGUAGAGCAGCACCAUUGGCUUCACUGGUAAGAUCUUGAAUAGAAAGCAAAAGCUCUUGAAUUUUUUUGAUAAGAUCUCCAUCUUCAAUACUCUCCGGCGGAGGAAAAAAUGGAAGCCAUCACAGAGAAUGUUGCAGCUGCUGGAUCCACUGCCAAAGAAGAAAUUCAUUGGAAAGAGGGGAGAGGAAAAAAAUGGAAGAAGAAAAGUAGAGAGGGAGACGCGAAGCAGAGAACGCGGGGGAGGAGGGAGCUCCUCUGCUGCCACAACCGCCACAACCGCCUGUUAUUUG